UUAUCUCUGAAGUGAAAGUUUUUAUCCCUGCUGCCUUAACAGAUAGAACAGUUUAACUUCCUGCAUUGUUGCCUAUUUCAUGUUUGUUUCCUGCGUGUUGUCCAGGAGGAGAUUGCGGAGUAUGAUAAGAUCUGUGAAGAAGCUUAUGCUAGGUCCAAAGAUAAUAAAAUUCUACAUAUUAAACACUGGCUUGAUUCACCUUGGCCAGGUUUUUUCAAUUUGGAUGGAGAACCAAAGAGUAUGACUUGCCCUUCUACUGGCAUUUCUGAAGACAUGCUGACACACAUUGGAAAUGUAGCCAGCUCUGUCCCCCUGGAGGGUUUUAAAAUACAUGGAGGGCUUUCUCGGAUUUUAAGAGGUCGACUGGAAAUGACAAAGAAUCGAGUCGUUGACUGGGCCUUGGGAGAGUAUAUGGCUUUUGGAUCUUUACUGAAAGAAGGUAUCCAUGUCCGGCUAAGCGGUCAGGAUGUGGAAAGGGGCACGUUCAGCCAUCGUCACCAUGUGCUCCAUGAUCAAGAUGUGGAUAAAAGGACCUGUGUACCCAUGAAUCACCUCUGGGAGCAGCAGGCGCCCUACACUGUUUGCAAUAGCUCCCUUUCGGAAUAUGGAGUCUUGGGCUUUGAACUUGGUUUUGCCAUGGCAAGUCCCAACGCUCUCGUCUGCUGGGAAGCUCAGUUCGGCGACUUCUACAAUACAGCUCAGUGCAUAAUAGACCAAUUUAUCAGCUCGGGUCAGGCCAAGUGGGUUCGUCACAAUGGAAUUGUCCUGCUGCUACCUCAUGGAAUGGAAGGCAUGGGCCCGGAGCACUCUUCAGCCAGGCCGGAGAGGUUCCUUCAGAUGAAUAACGAUGAUUCUGAUGCUUUCCCCCAAUUUGAUGGCGAUUUUGAGGUUUCCCAGCUCUAUGACUGCAACUGGAUUGUGGUAAACUGUUCGACGCCAGCCAAUUACUUCCACGUUCUCCGCCGGCAGAUUUUGCUGCCAUUUAGAAAACCUUUAAUCGUCUUCACACCCAAGUCCUUGUUGAGGCUUCCAGAAGCAAAAUCCAGCUUUGAUGAAAUGGUGUCAGGUACCAGCUUCAGACGUGUGAUUGCUGAAGAAGGGCCUGCAGCUGACAGUCCCGGAGAGGUGAAGCGGGUGAUUUUCUGUACAGGGAAGGUGUACUAUGAUCUCAUUAAAGAGAGAAAGAACCAGGACUUGGAGAAGCAGGUGGCCAUAACCAGACUGGAACAGUCAGAAGGUGCCCGUUUCUUCAAGCUGUCAGAAAUGGCGCUCUCGCUGAAGGGACGUUGGGCGCAAGUCAGGCCGACUCGCGUUGUCGCCAGCCCGGACUUCGUGUGGGAGCACUAA